GUUGGUAUGUUCCGUUUCACUUCCUCCUCAUGCGACAACAAUUCACUUCACAUGGGGUCCUGCUUGCUGGGCUGUUCUACUCGAUAUACCAACGUAAUCUAAUGAAAUUGACAAAAAGUAAUUUGUGGUAACAAGUAAGACUAAACCUAAAAUGGGUAAGAAGAAGUCUGCCAUGGGGCUCGGGAGAUCGUUGAUAAAGGAGAGACUCAACGCAGGCCGAGGCAACAAGAGGGGCGAUACUUGGCUCCACACCAGUGAACUGAACGAUGGCUACGAUUGGGGUCGUCUCAACCUGCAGUCAGUGACUGAGCAGAGUUCUAUGGAUGACUUCCUUGCAACUGCAGAAAUGGCAGGGACUGAGUUUGUUGCAGAAAAGCUCAACAUCAAGUUUGUGCCAGCUGAAGCUCGGGCAGGAUUACUGACAGCCGAGGAGAUGGCAAAGUUGAAAAUGCUGCACGAAGAGAACAAACAACUCCUCAGAAUUCCACGAAGGCCUCACUGGGAUGAGAGCACCAGUCCAGAUGUCCUCCAGCAGACAGAGAGAGACAGCUUCUUGGAGUGGAGACGAGAACUGGCACUACUUGAAGAAGAGCAGAAAAUGAUUCUCACCCCUUUUGAAAGGAAUUUGGAUUUCUGGAGACAGCUCUGGCGAGUGAUUGAGAGGAGUGACAUCGUUGUUCAGAUCGUUGAUGCCAGAAACCCAUUGCUGUUUCGUUGCCCUGACCUGGAGUGCUAUGUCAAGGAAGUGUCCCGGGACAAGGUGAACUUGCUGCUGGUGAACAAGGCUGACCUGCUUACCCGGGAGCAGCGGAGGAUCUGGGCCAGAUAUUUCCAGAGAGAGGGCCUCCAUGCUGUUUUCUGGUCUGCACUGGUGGAGAAUGAGAGGCUGGAGGCAGAGGAGAAGGGAAUGGAAGUGGAGGAGCAGGAAGAUGAACAGAGCGAAACAGAAAAUGAAGACGAGGGAAUGCCAGACAACGACAAUGUGAGCCGAAGACAGGAGGUAGAGGAUAACAGGGGGAAGGAUGAGGAAGAGAGUGAGGAGGAAGAUGAGGAGCAGCAGAGAGGGGAGCAGUUUGAAGACUGUGUAGCAGAGGGAGACUGGCAGACCUGCUCAGAGGCAUCAGAGGGUGAGGAAGCAGACGACGAAGAGAGUAUAGACGGCUCCACCCACAACUCCUCCUCCUUCCACAACUCCAGUCGCCUGCUGACCAAAGACGAGCUGCUGGCCAUAUUUAAGGCUGCUCACGAUGGGCCAACGUUGAAAAAGGGCGAGCUCACAGUGGGGCUGGUGGGGUAUCCCAAUGUGGGAAAAAGUUCCACCAUCAACACUAUUCUGAGAAAUAAGAAGGUGUCCGUCUCAGUCACGCCUGGGCACACCAAGCACUUUCAGACGCUGUACGUGGAGCCAGGUCUGUGUCUGUGUGACUGCCCCGGCCUGGUCAUGCCCUCCUUUGUGGCCACUAAAGCUGAGAUGAUCUGCUGUGGGAUCCUGCCCAUCGACCAGAUAAGAGACCACGUGCCUGCCAUCUCCCUCGUGUGUCAGACUAUUCCUCGGGAUGUGCUAGAGGGCACCUAUGGCAUAAACAUCAUCCGCCCGCGAGAGGACGAGGACCCCGACCGCAUACCCAACUAUGAGGAGCUACUGAUGGCCUACGGAUACAUGAGGGGCUUCAUGACGACACACGGACAGCCUGACCAGUCGAGAUCAGCCCGCUACGUCCUCAAGGACUACGUUGUUGGGAAACUGCUUUACUGCCAUCCUCCUCCCCACAUCAGUGCAGCAGACUUCCAGCCCCAGCACAGCAAGUUCCAGUCCGGAGAUGCAGACGGUAAAGACUCCAAGACAGGCCACAAACAGAGCAAAGUCAAGAGACAUGAGAAUCUGGUGGACAAGAACUUCUUCCAUCAGGAGAAUGUUCGAGCACUCACCAAGGGGGUCCAGUCUUAUAUGGGCUACAAGCUAGGCAGCAUAGGCCAACGUGAACAGAUAGGUCAAGGUCAACUUGGCACGGAACAGCCUGUGGUCAAACCCUGGAAGAAGCAUGGCAAUAGAAACAAGAAAGAGAAAGUGCGCCGACUCACCAAGCACCUGGAUGCCUGAAGAACAUCUAUAAACUGUUAGAAAUCGCUGAUAGUUUAAAGUGGAAUGGAGUGUUAACCCACAAAGGACUUUUCAAUGCAAUUCCACAGGAAUUGGUGCUUUGUUGUACGUAGAUACUGGCCAACAGUAACCUCCAUUGCAUUUUGCAAUAUUGAGAACCAGGGAUUUUUUUAAUUUAAUGUUUAUUUAACUAGGCAAGUCAGUUAAGAACAAAUUCUUAUUUUCAAUGACGGCCUAGGAACAGUGGGUUAACUGCCUUGUUCAGGGGCAGAACAACAGAUUUUUACCUUGUCAGCUCGGGGAUUUGAUCUAGCAACCUUUCGGUUACUGGCCCAAUGCUCUAACCACUAGGCUACCUGUCACCCAAGGUUGCCUUUUGAUAUAAAAACAUUCUGAAUUAUCAUGCAUUGCAGUGAUGAUACAUUCCACCAUUUGAUUAUGAUUGAGUUGUGCAACAAAUCUCAAAGAUAUGAGUGUAGCAACAAGAGCAGAGUAGGGGGUCAACUAAAUUCCAGGAAUUUCUGAAAUGUAAUAAAAUUGAGCCUUACUCUGAACCAGAGAGAAGUAAUUGCUAAGGAGAUCAAUCAAUCAAGAUGUAUUUGGUUAUGUGUUUGUUACAUAUACAGAAAGUUCAGACUUGUACUUUACAGAGAUAAAGAACUGCCGAAAUAAAGGAAACAACAAAGUGUCUUAA